AUGGACCGCGGCGGACUUGCCCUGAAACUGAACUCAAUUACGUUUUCGACCCUGGAUUCGGUCGAGUUCAGCCAUUUGGCAUGCCAAUUCCAACAGCUCAAGAGCCGCGGCGUGGACUUCGUAAGAUGCGAGAUGUUUCAAAACUACGGACAUCUCAUACCCGAUCGUGUCUACGCAGAAGUCCAGAAGAGUUAUCCGCAGUUCAUGCCAUUAUUGGAUCGCAUGAAAGCUGAAGGGCCCCGGGCUCCUGUGCAAGGAGCUGGUCUAUGUUUGGAGCGUCACGGGCCCUACGGCGAGGCUCCGUCGGUCUAUCGUGGCUUUAUCAAAGAUGUCUUAGAAUCAGCCUGGACACAGGACGACAGUUUCAGAAAUCUGGUUGCCGACUUUACUCCCCCAAUGUUUUCAACAGACCAUAUCGACAAAUGGUCGCCUUUCGAGGUUAUUAAAAGUCAUAUCAACCCUUGGACCAUCCCGUCCGACAGCCAGAUGGACGCAUUGGAGGCAGCGGUACCCAUCGAAUUCUCUUGCCCCAGGACUAGAGACGACCGAUCCAUAUAUCGUUUCUCUGCAGCUGCGGCGGCCGUAUAUUUCCUACAGUCAAUACCGCACUCUCUUCGUAAACAUCUCCGCAAGAUCAUCCUCAACGAAGAUUACGAAGCCGUUCUUUACCCACAAGAGCACGCCAGAGGCCUGAUUCCGUUUUGCCAACAAUAUCCGAUCCAGGUUGAGCGUCGCGUCAGUCUCUGGAACGUGGUCUUCCAGGAGGACAUGUUCUAUAAGCACCCAGAUGAGCGCUGUUGGCGCAACCAAGUUGCAACGCGACGGACUCCUUGUGUGAUGAAUUCAGACCAGAUAACGGCGAACGUAGCCACUUGGAUCACAGAGGCUCUUGCGCUCGAUCAAGAGGGCAUGCCACCUGGAUCUUUCUCACUCCUUCUCGACGGCGAUCCGUGUCCAGACUUAUGCUCACGCAUUUUUAAGUCAAUCGUCCAGCGAGAUGCUGCCUGGCAGCAAGCUUGGAUAGAAACUAUUCAGAGAGGUAUACUCGGCCAGAUUACAUGGUUUGAGAGAAAGGGCGAAAGCGUGUUGAGACACGGGUGGUUCGACUUCAAUCAAAUUGACAGGGCCUCACGAUCUAGGGUACCCGCAGAUCGACCGGGCUACUGGGGUUAUAUCUUCGAACAGUUUCCGCAAUCAUUGACCGAUAUUGCGGGAGGAACAUCUAUUGUGCAUUGUAACUUCGACGUGGGUGCACCUUGGAAUGUGGAGUCUAUCAUUCGGAAGCACGCAGAAUGGAACAAAUAUAAAUGGGAGCGCGAGUGGUUUAAUCACACACCGCAGUCUUGGGGACCUGAGCCACCGUUGCCGCAGUGGCGAAUGCUUCUGGAAGACAAUAUCUGGAAACAUAACCCGUACGGGUGCCUUUGUCCGUGGGCAUUGAAAUAUGUAUAG